UAUCUACACGUGAAAAAUUAUCCGAAUUCAAUCGUACAAAGGUUAGCUGAUUUGUUACCAUAGGAACCAAAUAUAAACAGUCCAAAAUGGGUGGUAUGUUCGUUCCUUUGGGGUGAAUGGGUAGUUUUGCGGAGUCAGAUGAAGCAAUCGAAUGGAGAAAUGGUUCAAUGGAAGUAAGUUAUGGUUAUUGGGGAGUCAGAAGCCAUUGCUGCCGAAGAGAACCAGGACUUCAUCGAAGAAUAUGGAGAGGUAUGAAAAGCUGGGAAAGCUUGGCGAAGGAAGUUACGGAGUGGUAUACAAAUGCAGGAGCAGGGACACAGGGGAGAUAGUUGCGAUAAAAAAGUUCACUGAAAGUGAGGAAGAUCCCUUGAUUAGAAAAAUAGCUCUGAGGGAAAUCAGGCUUCUCAAGAACCUCAAGCAUCCCAACCUGAUCAACCUCAUAGAGGUGUUCAGGAGGAAGAGGAGGCUCCACCUCGUGUUCGAAUUCUGUGAAAGAACGGUACUCAACGAAUUGGAGAGGUUCCCUAGGGGAUGUCCGGAUCUGCUGACCCAGCAGAUCGUAUGGCAAACGUUGAAGGCAGUCGCGUAUUGUCACCACCACGGCUGUAUUCACCGAGACAUAAAGCCGGAAAAUAUUCUACUUACAUCGACUGGGAUAGUCAAACUCUGCGAUUUUGGAUUCGCCAGAAUGUUGAGUCCUGGAGAAAAUUACACCGACUACGUUGCAACCCGCUGGUAUAGAUCUCCAGAAUUACUAGUAGGUGACACUCAGUAUGGAACUCCUGUAGAUGUAUGGGCUAUAGGAUGCGUUCUAGCAGAACUAAUAAGAGGGGAAGCGAUAUGGCCUGGAAAAUCCGAUGUUGAUCAGCUGUACUUGAUCAGAUGCACGGUAGGGGACCUUUUACCAAGACAUAUGCAAGCUUUCAAGAAUAACGAUUUUUUCCAAGGUAUAAUUUUGCCCACACCGCAACAACUAAUACCGCUGGAAUCGAAAUUCCCCACCACUAGUGAGACCACCAUCGACUUUUUGAAGAAAUGUCUGGAUAAAGAUCCCUCUAAAAGAUGGACCUGCAGUGAGUUGUUAGGUCACGAAUAUUUCGCCAAUUUCCACUUCAAAGUUGAAGAGAACGAAGUUCAAAAUACCGAAAAAAUAUCGAGAGGUUCAAGGAAUUCCAAUAAUGCAAUAUUACCUCAGCUUGGUUCAAACAAACUGAUGAGCCCAUUGAAGCAGACCAUUCAACAGAAGGCUAAAAUGGAUCAUCUACCAAAUAUUUGACAAAAACUUGGUUUUCUUAAGAAAUAAUUGGUGUUGAUUGGACUGAAAACUUUUCUUGUCGUUAACUAUGAAAUUAUAAAUUUAUUAUGUGUGUAAAUAUAUUUUAUCGAUUAA